AUUGAGAUUAUGUUCAUAAAUUUUUUGCACUUUUAAAGAAUUUACUUCAUUUGUGUGAAGAAUUCUAUGUGAGAUAAUUGAUUCUGCGGUAUAGUUUGUUGCUGCAUUUUCAAGUGGCCAGCAGAAUGAGUACUUCUAUGCUUCAUUAUAUGCUGGGCUUUAUUAUGAAUCUGAGGUAUGUUCUCACUCUCCAGGUAUUGCUACAAUAAGUUACAUCAUGGUUUAGAUGUUACGUAGAUCUUCCUCAAAGGGAUCACCUCCAAGCAGACACAAGAAACUGAAAAUGAAUUGUAGAUAUUUAAAGUAGUGAUCACCUGGUUGAAUAAAACAUUGUGAAUAUAGUCAGUGGCUCCACAAAUUUAAUCUUCACUGUUUAGUGCUUUUAUGCAAGUCCUUGGUCAUCAAAAUCCUUUAGGGUCAUAUUCUCUUGUGAAAAUCUGUUAAUCUUUUUCUCCAACAGUGGGUUACAAGCAGCAAUCAAAUGCAAAAAUGGACUUGGUAAUAAAUUGGAUUGAAGCGAAGUAAUGACUGUCCUUGACAUUUUGAACAAGAGCAAAUUUUCGAUUCUGUUAGCUGAAAAAUUGCUGUACUUAUGCAACCAUUACAUGCCUUGUUUCCAUCUGUGCAGAACAAACCAGACAAAGCCAAAGUUCACAUACUUGCUGCAACCCAGUCUCCUUAUGGACAAAGGUCUGAUGACUAUAUGGCUUCUCUUGCCAAGGUCCACUGUCUUUGUCGAAAUUGGAACUCCAAGUGAAAUGUAAGGAAAAUGACAUGGGGGAUUUAUAUAGGUCCAAUUUUUUGGGGCUAUAGUCAAGCCUAUGGCUAUGGAGGAAGAGACUUUGGAAAUGAAUGUUUCUUCAUUCCACCUGUUUACUCCCUUUCUUCCUAUUAAAUUCUUAAUUUUUCAUAAAUUUCUAAUUUGAGCAGAUUAUUCCUCUGCUCUGGACCUUGAACCAAAAGAUGCUACCUAAUACUUAUUUUUUUGGCAUAAAAUGCAUGCAGACAA